AUGGGCGCCCCCGGCAGCGGAAAGAGUACCUUCUGCGAGAACGUCAUGCGGGCCGGUCGCCGUACCUGGGUGCGAAUCUGCCAGGUUUGUGCCUUCGUGGGUUGAAGUGGGGACGAUCAAUGCCAGAAGGGUGAGCACUUGACGGGGAUUUUGUCUACUUUCAAAAUAAUCAUUCGAUUUAAUAGAGUUUCAUGUGAAUAAAUAUAGAAUUUAUUCGAAUGAAGAAUAGGGAUUAUUUGAUUCUCGAGUUAUUAAUUACUGUGUUAUUAAUUACACUCGCAAAAAUAAGGCUUAAUCGUGUUGUUAAUGACAUCGCUUGCCGAGCUAAGAUCCUUUCCAUAUUCUUUUACCAUUUUAUCUUCCCUUUUUUUUCCAUGUUUAAAGAAAGAAGGGGCUUUUGGGUGACUGUCGAGAUCACGAAUAGGAAGGAUGAUUGCGUUUGAAGAGAUCUCGGUAGAUUCACCAUCUUUCAGAGUCUCAAUUACCCCUGGAAUGCUUGGGAUUAUCACGACUUGUCUCAUGGAUGUCCUUCUGCAGAUGAUCGAUAUUUUCUUCUAUGAGCUAUAAACAGUUUGACUUUGCAACUUAUCGGAUCAAAUACUGGAUUAAGUUGUCCUAAACCGUUUCCUGAACCUUUUAGGAGAGGUAAGGGGUGAACUGUAUCUGCCCGUACUUCUUAGAGUUCCACGUUGUAAUCUGCCAUGGUUGACCAACUGUAUCUUGCCGCCGGUGAAAUUAUCUGUCAAAAUCCGCGAAGUCUUUCUAGUUCAUAAUCCGAUGGCAUUGUGACCCAGGAGAAAUCAGGGACGCAGAUCUCGUAACAGAUUUGAUGAGCUGUUAUCUUUUUGGUUUGACCUGUUUGAUUAAACCAUUCUGACGAAGAUUCAAUCUCUGAUCUCGCUGCAGGAUAAUAUUGCCAAUGGGAAGCCUGGUAGAAGAUCACAGUGCAUUAAAACUGCGACCGAGGCGUUGAAGGAUGGGAAGAGCAUAUUCAUCGACAGGUGCAACCUCGAUAGAGAGCAACGCGCCGAGUUCGUGGCCCUCGGCGGCCCUCAGGCAGAGCUGCAUGCAGUAGUUCUCAAUCUCCCUGCCCGAGUCUGCAUAUCUCGGUCAGUGAAGCGAAGCGGACACGAAGGCAAUCUGCAAGGCGGAAGAGCAGCUGCAGUCGUCAACCGGAUGCUACACAGUCAGGAAUUCCCUGAAGUCAACGAGGGUUUUUCUAGAAUCACAUUUUGCCAGAGCGACGCCGAAGUGCGGGAAUUGGUCAACUCAUACGGCUCUCUCGGCCCAUCUGAUUCCCUCCCCCAUGGCUGCUUUGGCAAGAGGAACCCAGAUUCCAAAGUCCAGCUCGGGAUAAUGAGAUUCCUGAAGAAGGUGGAGAAGCCCACGGAGCUUCAGUCUGGUGGAAGUGAUUGUCAGAAACCCAUUCCAGAUGAAGGCGGCGGUGGGAAGAGCUCCCGCAUUCUGGGAGUCAAGGGAGAAAACAGGGACGAGGAGGAGGUGGGGACGGAUGAUGGUUCCCGUACUCUGGCUUUCCCUUCAAUCUCGACCGCCGAUUUCCAGUUCGAUCAUGAGAAAGCAUCAGAUAUCAUCGUCGACAGUGUGGCAGACUUUCUGGCCAGAUACGACGGCGUCAGGCUUGUCCUCGUGGACUUGACUCCCAGUUCAAACAUCCUAUCUUUGGUAAAGUCAAAGGCUUCAAUGAGGAAAAUUGAUUCCAGGAGGUUCUUCACCUUCGUGGGAGACAUAACUCGACUCCUCAGCCGCGGGAGCUUGCACUGCAGUGUGAUUGCGAACGCCGCCAAUUGGUAAGAUUCCAUGCAUUUAUUUGUUAUUACUGAUAAGGAAAACAUAUAUUUUUUAUUAUUAUUCUCCUGAUGGCUCUCAAGACGUGUUGAGCGAAAUGGCCGUGCAGGAGGCUGAAGCCCGGCGGCGGAGGGGUCAACGCGGCCAUAUUCAGCGCAGCCGGCGGAGCCCUCGAAGCGGCGACCAAGGAACAAGCUGGAACCCUAGUCCCCGGCUCCUCCGUCGCGGUCCAUCUUCCUUCCAGCUCCCCUCUGCACCAGAGAGAAGGCGUCACGCACGUAAUCCAUGUUCUCGGCCCGAACAUGAACCCGCAGAGGCCCAAUUGCCUCGGAGGCGACUACGAGGAAGGCUGCGGGGUCCUCCGUGCCGCCUACUCUUCUCUCUUCUGCAACUUCAUCUCCGUCGUACAGGCCCAUUCGGAGAGGAACAAGAAGCAGAAGGGGGAGCAGGAGCAGAAAUACGAAGACGGGUCAGGAGAGAGGAAGAAGAAGAAAGCUUGGGGCUCGUGGGCGCAGUCCCUCCAUCGAUUCGCCAUGGAGCCCGAGAAGCACGGGGACGUCGCCAUGGAAAUAUCCGACGAUUUCGUCAUCUUGCCCGACCUCUACCCCAAGGUCAGCUUCUUCUUCUUCUUCUUCUUUCGGCUCCAUCUUCUUCGUCUUCUUCAGCUUCUUCUUCUUGUUCUGUUUCCUCGCAGGCGAAGAAGCACGUCCUCGUUGUGUCCAGACUGGAAGGCGUUGACCAGCUCGCCGACGUGCGGAAAGAGCACCUGCCAUUGCUAAGGAAGAUGCACGAAGCGGGGAUGAGGUGCGCGGCGAAGUUCCUGAGCGACGACCCCUCGUUAACCUUCCGGCUGGGCUACCACUCGGUAGGUCUUCUCCGCCGCCGUCUCUGGUCUUCUUCUUCCUCUUCUUCCAUCGCUGCCGCCGCUACUGACGCCGUCGCUCCAAAAGGCUCCGUCGAUGCGGCAGCUGCACCUCCACGUCAUCAGCCAGGACUUCGACUCGGACCACCUGAAGAACAAGAAGCACUGGAAUUCCUUCAACACCGCCUUCUUCCUCGACUCCGGCGAUGUGCUGGAGGCCGUCGAGAGGAACGGCGCCGCCGAGCUCGCCAGCGAGCGGCUCCUCUCGGCGGAGCUGCGCUGCCACCGCUGCCGCAGCGCGCAUCCCAACGUGCCCAAGCUCAAGGCCCAUAUUUCCCAGUGUCGUGCCCCCUUUCCCGCCCAUCUUAUGCACGGCGACCGGCUGGUGUCGGCGCCGCCAGGCCCCUCCGCUGUCGUUUCGUGA